AUGAAUCCAAAACUCACAGAGAGAGUUUUAACAGGUAACAAAACCAUCAAGCUCUCAAGAAGGUUCGAAGAAGCAAACAACUUCGGAUCAGCACCAAACUCGCACACUAACUUCUCUCUCGCUAGAAACCAUCUUCACAACAAAUCAGGCUCAGUCUUGGAGAGGGGUGAAAACGAAAAUAGUUUGAAAAGGAGUGGUAAAAAUGAAAGGAACACAAAAUUAUGUUCAAGAGGACAUUGGAGACCAACAGAAGACGCUAAACUCAUGGAGCUUGUUGCUCAGUUUGGUCCCCAAAACUGGAACUUGGUUGCUCACCACAUUCUUGGUAGAUCAGGCAAAAGUUGUAGACUGAGAUGGUUUAACCAACUAGACCCAAGAAUUAACAAGAGAGCCUUCACCGAGGAAGAAGAGUCUAGGCUUUUAACUGCUCAUCGAGCCUACGGCAACAAGUGGUCUUUAAUCUCACGUCUCUUCCCGGGUCGGACCGAUAACGCCGUCAAGAACCAUUGGCACGUCCUCAUGUCUCGACGGACUAGAGAAAGUCAACGAGAUCAAAGUCAACAGCCUGUUCAUGCACCGUCAGGAAACGCAGAAAUGACAGUAUCGUCCUCGUACGGAUAUAAUCAUGGUGGGUUCUUCGGUAGGGUCGCUGAGGGUACUUUGGUCAACGAAGCAGAUGAUGAGGAUGGUUCAGCUGUCUCUACUUGUACGACGGAGCUCUCUCUCACUCCACCUUCUUCAGCUCACCAGCCACGCUUCUUGCAUGAUGAUUAUUACCUUGUUGCAUCAGGUAAAGAUGCCCAAUGUGUUCAGAGAGCAGAAGUAAAUGGCAUGAAUUGUAAGAAAAUGGACCAUCAAAAUCACCACACUAUCACCGUCAGUGAAAGGGAGGUGGAGAUGAAAUUGAAGAGUGGCUUAUACUUCUUUGAUUUUCUUGGAGUUGGAGCUUAUUGA